GGGCUAGAAUUCAAUUGAUUAAGCAAGUACUUUACCAAAGAUGCAUACUUCUCUGAACUUGUACCGUGCUUCGGGUACUGCGCUGAGGUCAGUUUCCGUUCCGGAUGCAGAACGCCCCAGGGUCACGUUGAGGCUCGCCCCGCAGAAACCAGUGCGAACUGUCUGCAAGGCGGCAGUUUCAGCACCGGCACCGACGGUUGGCACAAGCAAUGGAGCAGCAGCACCACAGUACAGAGUGGCAGUGCUCGGCGCCAGUGGUUACACCGGGGAGGAGGUUGUGAGGCUCUUGGCCCUCCACCCAAACUUCAAGGUCGCAGCUCUCACCGGGGAAACGCAAGCCGGCAAGGAGUUCUCAGACGUCUUCCCCCAUCUGGUCACGGCGACCAAUGUGCCCACCCUCACAAAGAUUGCGGAGGUGGACUGGUCCGAGAUCGAUGCGGCCUUCUGCUGCCUGCCGCAUGCGACGACACAGGAGAUCCUGAAUUCGCUGCCCCGCCACAUUAAAGUGGUGGACCUGUCUGCCGACUUCCGGCUCAAGGACAUUGCAGUCUAUGCUGAGUGGUAUGGUGGCGAGCACAAGGCACCAGAGCUGCAGAAGGAGGCAGUGUACGGCCUGACAGAGCUGAACAGGGAAGCAGUCAAGACUGCUCGCCUCGUGGCCAACCCAGGGUGCUACCCAACCACCGUUCAGCUCCCCCUCUGCCCCCUUCUCGAGGCUGGUCUCAUUGAGAAGGAGGACAUCAUUGUGGAUGCCAAGUCUGGUGUCAGCGGCGCUGGCAGAAGCGCCAAGCAGAACCUCCUGUACACUGAGAUCGCAGAGGGCAUCAACUGCUAUGGAGUCGGCAGCCACAGGCACAUGCCAGAAAUCGAACAGGGAUUGAGCGAGGCAGCGGGGGCACCAGUAAGGAUCAGCUUCACGCCCACUCUGAUGCCCAUGAGCAGAGGCAUGCAGUCCACCAUCUAUGUGCGCUUGACUGAGGGGACCUCUGUUGAUGACCUCAGGGAGCACCUGCAGAAGCGGUAUGCGGAUGAGACUUUCGUGCACGUUCUUCCGAAGGGCAGCAUUCCCCACACACGGCAUGUGCGCGGGUCCAACUACAACCUCAUUGCAGUCUUCCCAGACCGCAUCUCUGGGCGCGCAAUUGUCAUCUCAGUCAUUGACAACUUGGUGAAGGGCGCCUCUGGACAGGCCAUCCAGAACCUGAAUGUUGUCAUGGGCAUCCCUGAGGAGACUGGACUGCUGCAGCAAGCUCUGUUCCCUUAGGCUUGGGUGCUCAUCUGAUGCUGUGUUUCCUGUCGCACCACACACUCAAAAGAGAAGAGCUGAAAAUUUUGUGGUUCACUUCAUUACGAACGACCCCGUGCAUUUGAUGUGAGAAUGAAAAGACAUCUGAGUGAUCUGUCUGGUGCACUUCUUGGUACUUGACUUGACACAGGCAAGGCUCUCCUGUAUUGCCUCUGCGAGUGAGGGAGUCUCAGGUCGUGACCAGGGAGUGGCAGGGAGUCACUGACUCACCUGCUAGGUACACUCAAAUAACCGAGGUUCUCAUGAUGCGACAUUUUGCUCUUUUUGAAGGUGCAUCUGUAUCUUUUUCUCUAUUUGUGCUCAUCAGUGAAUGCAGACGGUUGCAUGCCUGGUCCCCAUCAAGGCAGUGGCCUCAGCCACAGUGUCUGCGCAGUGCAGAUGUCAUUAGUGCAUGCAUCUGGAACACUGUGUAAGGAGUUGACCGCUAU